UAGAGAUAUAAGGUUGCGUGUAUGCUGGCAUCGCGCAACCAGUAUUGUUAACUUGUUUUUGUAAACUAAAGUGUCCCUGGCACCCGUCAUACGUAAAGGAAAUUAGCUGGGCAAUUUUCAAAUACUCGACGAAGCAGUUGCGCCAACAUGGCUCUUUUCUCCUCAGAGGUGCUUUCGUCAGGAUGGGAAUUCAAGCUCACUGAAGAGAGCCAGCUGGACUCGUGGCUCCCCGUCGCCAAGGUACCAACGGUGGUCCAUCUCGAUCUCCUAGACAAUAAGAAAAUACUCGAUCCUUCCCUAGAUAUGAACGAGCUGCAGACGCACUGGGUUGGCGAAAAGUCAUGGACAUACCGAUGCCAGUUCACCGUCGGCUCGAAGGUAGAAGGAACAAAAACCGUUUUGGUAUUUGAGGGCCUAGACACAUUUGCGACAGUGCGACUAAAUGACACGGAAAUCCUAAAAUCUGAGAACAUGUUCAUAGCAUACCAUGUUGAUGUCACGGCGACGAUAGCUUUUAAUAGCCUUAACACCAUCGAAAUCGACUUCGAGUCUGCACUUCUCCGUGCCCGCGAAAUCGGGAAAGAACAUCCCGAGCAUCGCUUCAUUGGACAUCAAACCGAGCCGGAACGGAUUGCCGUUCGAAAAACUCAGUGCCAUUGGGGGUGGGAUUGGGGCCCGAAGUUGAUGACCGCGGGACCAUGGAGACCAGUCCGACUGGAAACAUACGCUAGCAAGAUUGAGAACCUUUGGCUUGAUAGUACCUUGGAUUCCGACCUCAAUGCGUGUAGAGGGAACAUUUUCGCGCAUGUAGAUGGAGAGGCUGGCGCGAAAGUACUGUUCACGCUGUCGUUGGAAGGCACAACGGUAUUCGAAGUGGAGUGUACGCCCAGUUCUAAAGGGGCCAUACAAACGCCCUUUGUUCUCCAAAAGCCAUCCUUGUGGUAUCCGCACGGCUAUGGAGCUCAAACUCGGUAUGUUUUGGAAGCAUCACUUGUCAUUAAUGGUGUUGUUCUACAUCGUGUCGAGCAAAAGAUUGGUUUUCGCCGUGCCGAAUUGAUACAAGAAAAAGACACGAAUGGGAAGUCGUUCUACUUCCGGAUCAAUGGAAUUGACGUUUUUGCAGGAGGAUCAUGUUGGAUUCCUGCUGACAAUUUCACGCCGCGAAUUUCUUCCGACAGGUAUAGAGAGUGGCUGACGUUGAUGGUAGAGGGGAAUCAAAUCAUGACUCGGAUAUGGGGAGGAGGUAUCUUUGAAGAAGAGGUAUUCUACGACGUCUGUGACGAGCUUGGGAUUUUAGUAUGGCAGGACUUUCUCUUUGCCUGCGGCUCCUACCCGACCUACCCCUCACUACUCGAGUCCAUCGAAGCAGAAGCACGAUCAAAUGUACGCCGGUUGCGCCACCACCCCUCAGUAAUAAUUUAUGCCGGAGGAAAUGAAGAUUAUCAAAUUCAACAGACCUACAACCUCGACUAUGACUAUGACGGCGACAAAGAUCCCGAGUCGUGGCUGAAAAGCUCGUUCCCGUCGCGGUAUAUCUUUGAGUAUCUCUUACCAAACACACUGGCGGAAGAGGACUCGCAGGCAAUUUACCAUCCGAGCAGCCCAUGGGGUGAUGGAAAGCACACCACAGAUCCAACUGUUGGCGAUAUCCAUCAAUGGGACGUUUGGAACGGCCUCAUGAAACCAUACCAGGACUUUCCCAUCAUGGGGGGACGUUUCAACAGUGAAUUCGGCAUGGAGGGAUAUCCUCAUAUGAGCACUAUCAAGGCCUUCAUCAGCGACGAGAGUGAAAUGCAUGCGCAAUCCCUAACAAUGGACUUUCAUAACAAGGCGAAUUUCCACGAAAGGCGCCUCGCAACAUAUGUGCACGAGAAUUUCCGGGUAUCUUCAGCUGACUUCAAGUACUGGGUCUACUUGACGCAACUUCUACAAUCUGAGGCUAUGCACUAUGCCUACACCAGGUGGCGACGCGAAUGGGGGACGCCUGGCGAGCGUCGGUGUGGGGGUGCCCUCGUUUGGCAACUCAACGACUGCUGGCCAACCAUCUCCUGGGCAGUUGUUGAUUACUUCUUAGUCAAAAAGCCGGCAUUCUACGCGAUUCAGCGGGCCCUUAGACCAGUAUCAAUAGCUGUCGCUCGCACCCACAAUGAGUGGACAAAAGGGCAUGUUGCGCCUGAUCCCACGUCGAAGUACGAUGUAUGGAUUGCAAGCAGCAACGUCUCGGGCGUAAGGACCGCGAAAGUCGAACUGAGGUUUAUAUCCAUCAAGACAGGUCUUGAUGUCGUGGAUCCGCAAACAGAAGACGUGGAAAUCAAACCUAAUGGCACAACCACAGUACGAGAGAAUGUCACCAUCGACAACCCACCUACACUCGAAGCAUUCGUCUUGUCUGCGACACUGUCUAUUGAGGGAGAAGUUAUAGCUCGCGACGCCGACUGGCCGCAGCCAUUCAAAUACUUGUCUUUCAGAGAAGACCGAGGGUUGACGAUUACGCUGUCUGAGUCGCGAGACACUAUUUCAAUCACCGCUAAGAAGCCGGUGAAGGGGCUGGUAUUCGCAGAGCGGGUGGGACUGAGCUUCAGUGAAAAUGGCCUCGACAUCCUCCCUGGACACGAGUACAACAUUCAUGUGGGCGGCUUAAAGGAAGACGAGGAGCUGGAAUGGGUGUUCCUCGGCGCCAGUGAAAGUCAUUAAUAUAGUAAUCGAUGCACAAUUCGUAAAGACCAUUCUAUACCAAGCAC